AUGGCAACCGUUGAUACACUCCCACCUGACACCAACGACAUCCCAUCCCACAACCGCAUCGAACCAGGUUCCUUCCCUCUGCCCAUCCAACCACUUCCUACCAGUACAAACACCAAAUCCGAUAACCCAAAAGCCACAGUCUCAGCCUGGAUCCAAUCUUUCAACGAAGCACUAUCAAAAAACGAUAUUCCCUCACUAACAAACCACUUCCUAUCCUCCGACUCCUACUGGCGCGACCAACUCUGUCUCUCCUGGGACUUCCACACCCUCCAAGGCCGCGAGAAAAUUGCCUCCUUCCUCUCGUCACCAAACCCAAACGAAAAGUCCAUCAGGGUUAAAUCCAUUUCCCUUGAUGAGUCGUCGGCAAUUAAUGAGCCGCGACAUGGUAGUAUUGGCGAACUGAUGACUGUAAGUUCGUUUUUGAAGGUUGAGACGGAUGUUGGAAGUGGUGGAGGCGUUGUGAAUUUGGUGUUUGAUGAGGAGGAGAGUAAGUGGAGGGCUUUUACUCUUUUUACUUUUUUGAAGGAGAUUAGGGGGUGUGAGGAGAGAGUUGGUAGUAGGAGGGGGUAUGGGUAUGAGACUGAGAGGGAGGGGACGUGUUGGGGGGAGAAGAGAGAGAGAGAGGAUAGACUUGAGGAUGGAGAGGUGGCUGUUCUUGUUCUUGGUAUGUGUUCUCUACAUCGGUUUCGCUUACUCGCAUAAUGGCAUUUGAUUAUUGUGAUUUGGGAUUCGAUUGAAGCUAAUAAAUGUAGGCGCUGGACAAGCGGGUCUUGCUAUUGCUGCGAGACUUAAAAUGCUGGGAGUCAAGACACUGGUAGUAGAUAAGAUGAAGCGAGUCGGUGAUAAUUGGCGAAAUCGAUAUGCAAGUCUCGUAUUGCAUGACCCGGUUUGGUUCGAUCAUUUGCCUUAUCUGUCAUUUCCUGAACAUUGGCCCGUUCAUUCUCCUAAGGACAAGCUUGCGGAUUGGUUGGAAGGUUAUGCCAAGUUCAUGGACUUGACGAUUUGGUGUGAAACUACUAUUGAAAAGUCGACUUGGGAUGAUGUGAAGAAAGAGUGGACUGUCAAUCUCACUACCACUGGUGUUCAAAAUGGUUCUUCCAAAAACACCGUAAUCCAUCCACAUGUAAGUUCCCCCAACUUCAAUUUCUUACUUUGAACCUGUAAUUGACAUAUUCCCAGCAUAUAGUAAUGGCAACAGGCCACAGUGGCGAGCCUAACUUUCCCUCCCAUAUCACUGGUAUCAAUUCCUUCAAAGGCACUCUCAUUCAUUCGUCUCGGUUCACAGGUGUCCCAACUGUCCCCAAAUACAGCAAACACGCCAUCAUAGUAGGCUCCUGCAACUCUGGUCAUGACAUCGCAAAACACUACUAUGAAAAUGGAUACCACGUAACCAUGAUCCAACGCUCAUCAACCUAUGUUGUGGGUGUAAAGACUAAUGCUGAUGCUAUGGCGGCUCUUUAUGGGCAACAUGGACCACCGGUUGAGAUUGCGGAUGCAUUGAAUAUGAGUCUACCGAAUCGCGUGGUAAAAACCUUGAAUGUAGGGGCAACCAAGAUGGUAGGGAAAGUUGAUGAGGAGAUUCUCAAAGGACUUGAGCGUGUGGGUUUUAAGUUAGAUGGCGGAGUUGACGGGUCAGGCAUUUGGAUGAAGUACCUCCAAAGAGGCGGAGGAUACUACAUCGACUCAGGUGCCUCACAACUCAUCAUCGACGGCCACAUCAAAAUCAAACAAGGCGUCGAAGUGACCUCCAUUCUCCCCAACGCAGUCCAAUUCUCCGACGGUACCGAACUACCGGCUGACGAUGUGGUCUUCGCCACUGGAUAUCAGAGUAUGAAUACGACGUGUGCAAAGAUCUUUGGGACCGAAGUAGCUUCGAAGACGGGGGGUGUUUGGGGAUUGGAUGAAGAAGGGGAGAUUCGGGGACUUUGGAGGGAUAGUGGACAUCAGGGGUUCUGGUUCAUGGCGGGAAAUUUGAUGUUGUGUCGUUGGUAUUCGAAAAUACUGGCUUUGCGGAUUUUGGGGGUUGAGAAGGGGUUGUGUUAG